AGUUAGUGGAACAAUACUGAAAUCGCGCUUCCAAACAAUAAAAGGAAAUCAAAGCAUCUCUAUGCGUAUUUGAUAAUUUUAAAUAAAACUUAACCGUGAAUUAGUCAGUGAAACUACAGCGAAAUAAAGAGAGUUUCGAAUAACGAACAAAUUGUGAUAGCAUCAGCGUCGUGUCAAGUCAACCGUCAAAUGCGGUCGUUAUAUAUUUUGUACCUAUACAUUUUGUGGCGGCAUGUUAAUGUUAUGCUGUAGGUAAAAACAGCCAUGGCGCCGUUGGAAGCAAUGUUUACUUGGAUCACGUGAAAUUGGCGCGGAAAUGCAGUUAAACAUUUCUUCGUUUUAAGUUUGCAUCAACAUGGAUACGCUUUCUGAUAUGAUGGAGCCCGCCACCCCAGUGCUAUCUUGCGAUGGUGUCAACUAUUGCAGAACUGAAGACAGUGGAUAUCAUACUUUUACUCCUGGCUCCAUCGACUGUUCAGAAUUGUCUUCUGAGAAUAUAGAUCCAGUUAUUGUUCAAGCAUCUGUAGGUGAAGGUAAAGGAAAUCAUCACAGAUUUUAUAACAAUACUCCUGAACCAUGCUAUGAUUUGACUAAUUUCUCGGAUAACAAUGAAAACUACCCAGAAAGGAUUAAGAGAAGAGGUGUGAAAAGGCCAUAUCAAAAUGAUACCGAGGCCAAUGACAGCUUUGGAUCAAUUCCAACUCCAACAAGUAUAAUAGCUGGUCAAAUACAGAAGUUAAAAGUAAAUGAAUCUGGAAACUACAGCGGUAACUAUUCAAUCUCACCAAUCAGUUCUAACUACACUGAUGCCAGUAGUCUCUACAACUUCAAUGCAUGUUCAUGGUCAUUCCCAUCUACACCCAUAAAGAAAGUAUGCAAAAGCAGUUGCAAAUUGAACAGGAUAAGAUCUAAUCACAAAUCAAGUCCAUUGAGGCCAUUAAAUAUCAACACCCAGCAACCUAAAAAGUUUGCUAGACAACUUGAUUUUGAAACUCACUCUUUGGCUUGUGAGCCCCAGAGCCUGAUAUUGAUCAAUAUCCCACCUCCAAGCUCUCCUGCUCCAGUACUCUAUAAACCCAAUCAGAGGAUUGAUAUCAUCAAGCUCUUGAGCGACAGAAUCUGCUCCAUACCAGUUAUUGAUACUAUAUUGAGCUUUAUGUCACCAGCAGACAUUUUUAACUUCUCUUUGGUCAGCCCUACGUGGUCCCGGGUAUGUGGAGAUUCAUGCGCAGGCAGAGAAAAGUUAAAGACAUAUUUGAGAUUGUCUAAAGAAAACCAAGAGAACAAAAGGAGUAGCCCUAAGCUCAACAUUACUGAUAUCAGAAGGAAGCUUAGGGAUAUACACAAUAUUGAACACCUGCAAACUACACCAAGCUCUCCAAGAAGUCCUCCAACUUCACCUCGAUCCAUGAGGUUCAAGACAUUUGCUCGGUCAGCAUCUUUGGAUGUGUGCAUUCAACUGGCCUGUGUGCGGUGUCAGCAACCAGCUAAGGUGACAAAAGAUCCUUCCGGUGAGAUUUGGGCAUCAUGCACACGUGCUACCUGCGCAUACCAGUUCUGCAAGCUUUGCUCCUGUGAUCGCCACCCAGGUAAGAGCUGUAUUCGUUUUGACCUUGAAGGACCCAGCCCAUCUAAAAGGAAAAAGAAAACUUGUGCUGCUGGAUCUAGGCAAAGUAAGACCAAUCUGCGCAGGCUUCUCAUCAAAUGAGACAUGAUUAAACUUAGUUUAUAAUGUGUGCUACUUAAAGUUGCUAGUUUCUAUGUAAAUGUAAGAAGCUGGAUGUGUAGGGGUCCAAUUCGUUUAUAAUAUGUGUUGAGAUUAUUUUUUCAAAAAAUCCCAGUGUUAGGUGGUGUGCCAUUUUUUACAACUUUUUAUUCAAAUUAACUUUGUUUAUAAUGUGUUUGGUUAUUUUUAAAGAUAAGAAAGAAAAUUAGAUAUAAUUUUGUGUGCGUAAUUUGAAGUAUAAACUAUUAAACAUUCUUUUAAUGAGCCCUACAUUCCAUAAUGACAUUUUAAUUUUAAAUUUCAAGUAUAAGGAAUAACUCUGGAAGUUAAACGAUAGACUGAAAUAUUAAUGCCAUGUUAAAGUAGGUUUUAAUUUAGAAAUAAUAUUUUGACUCGUUUGCCUGUAAAAGGAGAUGUGCCUGUGUUGUGCCUAUUAACAAUAAGCUAAUUUCUGUACCUACAAGUAAAUGGCAAUUCCAUUUACUCAAAAUGCCAUAACAUUCGUGCUGAUGGCUAAUAUGCUACAGUAAAUGGAAACAGUGUAUGAUUUUAUUGAAUAUUGAACAACUGAUUUUUUGUUCUAUUUUAUGAUCUUGACAUAUCAAAUUUGUUUACUAGUUUUAGUAAAAUCAAACAUUCUGGUUAUACAAUUCACUACUAAGUAGGUAUGCCGAAUCCGUGGACUU